GUUGAUUGCUGUCUCAACUAACUAGCAUCGGAAGAAAAACGAGGCGCUGAGAGACCGCUAAUCCUUCUUACAUUUAAUUUGCACUUUCUUAUCUCCAAUCUCCCAUCCGGCUAACACCCAAAACCGAGCAGUCAUGGCGACUACCGUGGACAAGAUCAAGGAGAUCGAGGCCGAAAUGGCGCGAACUCAGAAGAACAAAGCUACAUCCUUUCACUUGGGACAGUUAAAGGCUAAGCUUGCCAAAUUAAAAAGAGAACUGCUCACACCGAGCGGGGGUGGUGGUGGCGGCGGAGCCGGUUUCGAUGUUGCCCGUACCGGUGUAGCAAGCGUUGGUUUCAUUGGCUUCCCGUCUGUCGGCAAAAGUACCCUGAUGAGCAAGUUGACUGGUCAACACUCUGAAGCCGCCGCUUACGAAUUCACAACCCUGACGACGGUUCCCGGUCAGGUCCUAUAUAACGGUGCAAAGAUCCAGAUUCUCGAUCUCCCCGGAAUUAUUCAGGGUGCAAAGGAUGGUAAAGGACGAGGGCGGCAGGUUAUUGCCGUUGCAAAGACAUGUCACCUUAUCUUUAUCGUUCUUGACGUGAACAAACCUUUAACGGAUAAAAGGAUCAUUGAAGCGGAAUUGGAAGGCUUUGGUAUCAGAAUAAACAAGUCUCCACCAAACAUUGUUUUCAAGAAGAAAGAUAAAGGUGGAAUUUCGAUUACUAGCACGGUGCCCUUGACUCACAUUGAUCAUGAUGAAAUAAAGGCUGUCAUGAGCGAGUAUCGAAUUUCCUCCGCGGAUAUUGCCAUUCGCUGCGAUGCGACCAUCGAUGAUCUAAUAGACGUCCUUGAAGCUAAAAGUCGAAGCUAUAUUCCAGUCAUAUAUGCCUUGAACAAAAUUGACUCCAUAUCAAUUGAGGAAUUGGACUUGCUUUACCGCAUCCCUAAUGCAUGCCCGAUCAGUGCAGAGCACGGAUGGAACGUCGAUGAGCUUCUAGAGCAAAUGUGGGAAAAGCUUAACCUCAAGCGGAUCUACACGAAGCCCAAGGGCAAAGCUCCAGAUUAUACAGCACCUGUCGUCCUGAAAUCCAACAAUUGCACGGUGGAAGAUUUUUGCAAUGCCAUCCACAAAUCUAUAGUGGAGCAGUUCAAGCAUGCCAUCGUUUAUGGUCGUUCUGUAAAGCAUCAGCCGCAGAGAGUAGGGCUUAGCCACCAACUCGAAGAUGAAGAUAUCAUCACAAUUAUAAAGAGAUAAGCAUGGUUAUGUAAACUAGUCUCUAUGCGCCGGCCGUCUAAAUACCCUUAUCCCGAGGAGUGCUGGGAAAGACGGGGCCAAUUCCUCGCGGAACCGAUAGAAAGGAGGGAUGAUUCGUUCAGACGGAGGUAACCGCUUCGUUGACCGACUGGCGGCAGCAAUGCGUCGACCCGAAAGGGCCUUCCGGUCGUUCAAUACUCAUGCCGUUAACCCGCUCAGAUACUCUUCUAUUGGACAUGGCUGUGAGCUUGUAUCCAAAAAGGAAUUCGGAUUAUUGCAUUGCACUUGCAUGCAAUGUACGGAAAACUGAAUAACAGACUGUUCUGUGUCCAGAUCAAUCACGAGUCAUUUUGUAUGGUUUACGAUUGCAGAUAACACAAAAAAUUCUUUUUUCUUGAAGCAUCUGGUUU